AUGGGAAGAGGGAAGGCCAAGAUACAGGUCCCCGACUGCCGUUACGGCGCCGCUUGCACCAGGAGGGAUUGCGUCUUCAAGCAUCCUCCAAAGCCAGCCAAGUCCAGUGCCUCUCGGACGUCUUGGUGUAGGGUUCAUAUGGGUGCCUUAUAA